AGGCUUGCUAAUCGACAGGACACUACUCCCUCCACCGCCUCCUCCAUUACGGCCUCUCAGAUCACCCUUAAGGAGGAACCAAACCCGACUUCUUCGCCAUCCCUUAAGGAGGAACCCAACCUGACUUCUUCGCCAUCUGCUGUGGUAACAACAGAGGUCGGAGGAACUGUUGCCGUCCCAGUCACGAAUGGGGAACCCGGUUGGCGGGCUGUCUUUCCAUCAGAAUCUGAGGUCUACGAGGUGCCCAGGUACUCUGGGGAGGAAAAUGAGUACGAAGUGGCCCGCCCUGAACCCUCACUCAAAGGAACCUAUGCACUUCUUAGGCCGCGAUACUCUUUGGGUAAUGAGCAAAAUGGGCCUCUCAUGUUGGGCUAA